GGGCCGGGGCGGGGGCAGGGGCCGGAGAGCUUGCCGCACAGCUCUUCUCAGCUGCUCUGGGGUCCUCGGCUCCGGAGCCGGGGAUUGAGUUUUCAACCUCACUGGCCAAGAUAACCAUGUUUUAAGAAGCUCUUUUCUAAAGGUUGGAGCCUUGGUAGCGUGGUGGUGAAGAGCUCGGCUGCUAACCAAAAGACUGAGAGCUCCCUUGCGGGGAGGGAGAACCUUGGAGGCAAUCUUAUUUGGAUCCCUGGGCUUUAUAAUAGUUGCUUAACACCAUGCCAUAAGAAGAGUAGAUCUCUUCCCUGUUUCACAAUGGAGGACUCUGGAAAGAAGACUUUCAGCUCUGAGGAGGAAGAAGCUAACUACUGGAAAGAUCUGGCUAUGACCUACAAGCAGAGGGCAGAGAAUACUCAAGAAGAACUGCGAGAAUUCCAAGAGGGAAGCCGAGAAUAUGAAGCUGAAUUGGAGACACAGCUGCAACAAAUGGAAACCAGGAACAGGGACCUCCUGUCAGAAAAUAACCGCCUCCGGUUGGAGCUAGAAAGCAUCAAGGAGAAGUUUGAAAUGCAGCAUUCUGAAGGCUACCGGCAGAUCUCGGCCUUGGAGGAUGACCUCGCACAGACGAAAGCAAUUAAAGACCAGUUGCAGAAAUACAUCAGAGAGCUGGAGCAAGCCAAUGACGACCUGGAGAGAGCAAAACGAGCCACAAUCAUGUCUCUGGAAGACUUUGAGCAGCGCUUGAAUCAAGCCAUCGAAAGAAAUGCCUUCCUGGAAAGUGAACUUGAUGAGAAGGAGAAUCUCCUAGAAUCCGUCCAGCGACUGAAGGAUGAAGCCAGAGAUUUGCGGCAGGAAUUGGCCGUGCAGCAGAAGCAGGAGAAACCCCGAACCCCCAUGGCCAGUGCAGUGGAAGCUGAAAGGACGGACACCGCUGUCCAGGCCACUGGCUCCAUGCCGUCCACGCCCAUCGCUCAUCGAGGACUCGGCUCAACCUUCAACACACCAGGGACCUUCAGACGUGGUCUGGAUGACUCCACUGGCGGGACCCCGCUCACGCCCGCGGCCCGGAUAUCUGCCCUCAACAUCGUGGGAGACCUGCUCCGGAAAGUAGGGGCCCUGGAAUCCAAACUUGCAUCCUGCCGGAACUUCGUGUAUGAUCAGUCCCCAAACCGAACAAGUGGCCCACCCUCAGGGUGGGGUAGCAAGAACAGAGACAGCAUCGACAAACGGACCAGCAGCACCAGCGUGCCUUUGGGUGAUAAAGAGUUGGGAAAACGCCUGGAAUUUGGGAAGUCGCCUUCAAAUAUUUCCUCACCAUCGCUGCCAUCAGCCCAGGGUGUAGUCAAGAUGUUGCUUUAGGAAAACCACAGAAGCUGAAGCCCUGGUGUUUGUUCAGAAAUUGUUACCUUUCUUCCACUCUUUAAACUAGUUGGUUUUUUUUGUUGUUGUUGUCGUUAUUGUUUUAUGUUUAGUUUGAGAAAAAAUAGCCAGCAGUCACCAUAGUUAGCUUUGUGCUUUGUGGCCCAAACACAUGACUUGAGGCUGUCAUCAGUGGCUCCUGGUGCUUGUCCUGGUGAAAGGUUGUCUGAUGACCCCCAAGCCCCACUGUUGUUGUGUGUGGCAAAGGGACAGGGGCAGACUGGAUCCUCUGGGAAGAGCUCUAAGGGGUGGGUGAUGAGACCAGGGUUUACACUAACCCAAGAAUCCCCAGUGGUCUGGAGAGGUGUUUUAAAUGUCUGGAGACUCCAUAAACCUAGGUGUCUCUGAGUUCUUCCCAGAGGCUCACAUCUGCUUUUCACGCAUUCACCCCCAGCCCCCACCCAGCUGGAAUUCUCCAGAACAAAAUCUGCAGUGCUUUAUGAAAGCACAGUAAGGACUGGUGGACUUAAAUCAUGUCUAGAAAUAAAGAAUGGACUAGGCAUAUGCCUUUUUUAAACAGUGGUAGUGCACCUCUGAGACAUUUUAACCUGCCACUCAUUGAGGCUUUUAGAAGUGAGGUUGAGGAGAGUAAAUGUCCUGCUGACCCAGGGUCAGGGGAAAUCUGUGUCCUCUUUAGGUAAGUCCUGAGCGUUAGUUCUCCUGCACACCCCCGUGUGGGGGUGACCUCAGCUUCCGGACCCUGGGGGUCACGGAGCAGAGUGGCCUUGGCAGUGCAGUCCCUGCGAACAGGACUUCAUUCAAAGCCAUGAUAAAUUAAUCGCUGACCUUCAAAUAAGAUGAAAACACCAGGAUUGUUGUUGGAAGCUUCCUUUUCAAACAAGGAAAUGAACACAGGAUUUCCAGCACUUGACGGUGUGUAUCCAUCCUCAGCACUGCUUGUUAUGACUACAUUCUCACACUUUCAGAAUCAAGUAAAAAAACACCACACACACAUACUAAUUUCAGGAGCAUGCUCAUCCCUUAAUGACUUUCCUGUGAUUACUAAGUUAUUUUCCGAAAGAACAGCAAAAAUGUCUUUGACUGAAAAUAGAAAUUUUUAAGUGCUACUGAAAGCCCCAGAAGAACUAAACUGUGCCUGGUUUGUUACCCCAAGAAACCUCCUUAACCUGUAUCCGUAAAAGAUGUGCUUUUAUUUUUUUAAAAGAACAAUAAAAAUCAAGAGAAAUCACUGUUCAAUUAGUUGGUGGUGGUGUUUAAUCAAUACUGAUUCAUAUGUUUGUACUUCUGUUUGCACACAUGGUGGUGGGAAACAGUUUUUUAUUUUUAACCAACUCACUAAAUAUGAAAAAUAUUGAAUGUUUUAAAAAAAUUCCAUGCAAGUCGGCUUUUUAGGAAUGUGUUUGGGAUAUAUUUGUGUAUUGCUAAAGGCAUACUGGCAUUUGGUCAUUCAGCUGAGUUUUUUUUAGUUUCUCUCUUUCUUCUCCAAUCUGUUUUAUCCCACGGGUUGGUGUAUGGAGCAGUCUGUGUUGAACAGAACCGUGGCGAGCCGAUCUCUGCUGAGACUCUCAAGCUGAAGAAGGAAAAGGCCCACAGCUUGUGCGUGUACAGCCCUCGAGCAAACAAUGGUUUUUACGUUUUUAAGGGGUUGUUUAAAAAAAAAAGACUAUGCGGCAGAGACCAUACAUAGCUUGCAAAACCUAAAAUACUUACUAUCCAGCCUUUACUGAAAGCUUGUUGACCUUUGCUGGGUGAAAGAAGGCAGUAGUAGAAAUCUUGUAUUUUAACUUAAAAAUUCCAAGGAUGUUUUAUACUACUCAUAUUAUGUACAUAUCAGUUCCAAUUAAUAAAGAUGUUCUUCCAGGUCAUCAGUGGACAGUCC